AUUUUCUUUGACCCAUUUGCCAGCCAUCUUCCUGUGUCCCUAUGUUAGAUACCUAGCUAAUUCACAAUGAAUUUCAAGAAACAAGAUGAAGGAAAGAGAUGAACUGAAAGUGUCGUAUAACAGAAAAUGUAGAGAGAGAAAUACACAGGCAGUUUAAGAGUGCCCACUCUCCAAGUCCCAAGCCCAAAUAACAAUUCCAACCUACUUUCUAUUCUUCCCUCACCCUCUAUUUAUACUGACUAUUCUAAUAUUAUUAUUACUCUCAUUUAUUAUUAGUAUUAUUAUCAGUGCUAUUUUGCUAGAGUCCUAUCAUAUCUCCCCCCUUGAACAUCCAUCUUGUCCUCAAGGUGGGUGAUAGGAAAUCGCCUUGAUCUUUAACUUUAUCUUCAUCCUGGCGCCUCUCCCUUCCCAGUAUCUUCCAAAUUUCAGGACCCUGAACUUCAUGAACUGAACCAUUUCCAUCACUUUUACCCUGCUUGCAAGGGCAUAGUUACAUGAUGCUUCACUAAAACCUAGUCAACACCAAGUGCUGCAACCCCUAGAGAACCCUUCUCAUUGGUCAGUUCCCCAAUACUAGCAGAAAAAACUGGCUGCCAUUCCUGGAAUUGGAUACCUAGAGAUCUAGGUACUUCAUAGAGUUUUUUUGUACCACACUGUUGAGAAGGCAUCAUGGCUCGGACUUUCCAUUUUCCUUCAGUAUCAAGAGUGAGGAAACCAUAUCCAAUAGCUGAAUCCUUUGCCAUAAAACUCAGGGCACGAUUGAUGAAGUUUCUGGGAUUACGUCGUGAUUCACUAUUUAAUUUUUCCUCAUUGCCAAUGACUCCAACUCCUUUUCUUUUUGAACAAUUCCCUGCUUCAUAGUUCAAGUAUUCUGUGUAGAUAGUUUUCAUAACAGUCCAGUUUUCCUCCGUUCCCAGUAGGGUAGCUGGGACUAUUACUGUAUGAAAAGGCACCUUAUUCUUGCCCAUAUAUUGGUAGAAAUCCACAUUCUUAGUAUUCUUCCACCCUUUUUCCCAUUCAUCUCUUGACUUUAGUUCUCCACUUAGCCAGGCCUGUGUUGUGAUAGUAGUCUGCUGAUUCCAUCCACCAUCCACUUGCAUACUUUUUGCAAAGCUCUCUAGUUUAUUUUUCAGCAAUGGAAGCUCAAGGAACAAAUAUUUUGUAUCACUAAUGAAUGGAGUAGUUUGACAAACCAAAGUAAGUUUCAACAGAAGGGUUUCCAGAUUCUUAAAAGUGAAGAUCUCAUCAAAUUCCUUUAUUUUAUUAACUUUUCCUUCAACUAUGCUGUUAAGAUUAAACUCAUCAACCCAUCUCAGUCCAGAAUUAGAGGAAUCCCAACUUGCAGAGAGCAUCAAACUGCAGUCCUUAACUGCUAUCCCAAAUUUGACAUAGGGGUGAGUGAAGAGUGAUCCCUCAAAUGCACAAUUCUGUGGAUCAUUCUUCCCCAAUUGCCUUGCUAAAGUGCCCUGGAAUAUUACCACCUCUUUACCCGCAAUAACUUGGUCCUGACUGUCAACAUUUCCAACAUAUUUCUCCAUCCCAUUUCUAUUAGUAAGUGUGUGAAUACUGUCACCUAAUUUCCAAUCCUCCUCUCUUUUCCUGAGUAUCUUAACCCAUUGAUCCGCAAUUGUCAUAGGAAAUCUAUAGUCCAAAUAUGCACUUCCCCAUUGAACCGGUUUACAAACUACUGCCUUUCCCUUACCAUUUUCACCAACAAUUAAUGCAUCCGUGAAUAGAUCAGGUAUAAAAUUAUUGACAAGCAUCCGAAAUAUCUCUACCUCAACAUUAGUAGCAAUAUCACCCUUUUUCUUAUAAUAACCAGUAAUUCCUACCCUCAAUCCAUUUUGGACACACUUCACAGAAAUAUCAUCAUUAAAUCUGAAGCCAUCAAACUUAUUCUGCCCUUCCAAAAUUCUCCUUGAUGAAUGAAGGUGCACAAUUUCCCCUAAUCUCCCAACUCAUGUUCUUGAACUCUUCUCAACAAAGAUUUAAAACAUCCCAUGUUUCUUUCCAGUACAAUAGCAUACCUUCGAAUAUCAUCGUUAAAGAUAUGUGUGUGAAAUUGGUCCUCUUUAUCCUCUCCUGUAUCAUCUUUGGUCAAUACCAGGGCAAAAUCAGUGGGCGUUGGACUAUUUGUUUCUUGAUGGUAAAGAAUGUCAACUUCGUUAUUUUUCGAAACGUUUGGUGUCGCUUGCUUCAACUCAGUAGUGACCCGACCUCUCAUAUUAAUACGUGCAUUUGAACAUUCCGUACCUUUAGAUAGAGUUGCCGUGGAUUGCCAGACUCUUGCGACUCAGACAACAACAGCGAUCUGGAGGCUUCCCCUUCCGGUCGCGAACUGAAGGCCUCAACUACCGAGGACACCUUGCUUGCCGAAUUCUGACAACGGCGGACUGUUCUCGAUCGACCUCACCUGCGACGUUGUUGCCGCAGCUUGGGGUUCCCCUUCUCCAGGUUUGAGCGUUUCUCCUUUUCUAGGUUUGAGUGCUUCUCUUUCUCCACUUUUCCGCGCUCAACCUUUUCUGCGAGCUUCCCCAAUUUUCCGCGCGAAUCCUCUGGCGAGUGCGAAACAGUUCGCGACUCCUUCUGCGACUUGGUGAGCGACUGCGAUGGACUCAGUUUAUCAGAAUGAUGAUGAUGCUUGGUGUUGCUCGAUCGCUGCAAUCUACGAUUUAGACGCUCACAGUAGUGCAAGAUACUUUUCUAGCGUUCUCUCCUUCAUACAUCGAUCUAUAUUAUCAAAACCCUUUUCCAUUUGGGGUGUCAUGUAGAAAUCCUCCAUGAUUCCAAUUCUCCGUCUCCAGGAAGUAAGGUGCUCUGAUACCAAUGUUAGAUACCUAGCUAAUUCACAAUGAAUUUCAAGAAACAAGAUGAAGGAAAGAGAUGAACUGAAAGUGUCGUAUAAUAGAAAAUGUAGAGAGAGAAAUACACUACCAUCUUCCUGUGUCCCUAAUUCUUGUAGGCCCGCCUACGAUUGAUUGGAGAUUUAUUCAAUAGGUCCUCCUCCUCUAUAGAUUGGAAUGUGUGUUGCUUGCCACUACACCAGGCCAAGGAAGGGAUCGAACCGUUAUAUACGAACUAUGAAACAUUCUAUUGAUUUUUUA